AUGCCGAGAGGAAAAGGAAAAAGGGUACUGCCAAACCGUGCUGCACGCAGGCAGGAAAAUCAGGUACAACUACCUGUCAACAGAAGGCGUCGCGCAAGAAGAGCUGAUUUCAUUGGACAAAAUGAAGCCAAUCCACAGUUGCCAAUAAUGCCACCACAACAGCCAUUAUUGCCUCCACAACGGCCAAUUUUGCCUCCACAACAGCCAAUUUUGCCUCCACAACAGCAAUUAAUGCCUCCACAACAGCCACUUAUGCCACAAUACUUGCCUCAACAGCCAAUUCUACCACCACAACAGAUUGGAGCUUCAAUCAUCACUCAACAGCCCACUGAACAACAAGUACAAGGUCAGGGAGGUGUACAACUAGGGCAGUCAGCAGCUCGAAAUACUGUAGAAAAUGGUGAGAAUUUAGUUAUACCUACUAGUAAUGAUGAUGAUGUGUUUUUACCACAAAAAAAUAUAAAUCAAAUUUGGAAUUUAGAAUAUGUUGAUUUGGCCCAAUUACUGUACAAAAAUUUUGAUUCAAAUAAUGAUCAACCGAAAAAAAAGUGCAAGGUUUUAAUGAAGAUGGGGACAUUUUAA